AUGAAGAACACUUUGAUAUGGGCAGAGACGGGCGAAUUUCGAGACAGCGGUCACUCUUCUCUCACAUCAGGUGGCUCUGGCGUGGAACAAUCCUCGUUGUAUGCACCGGCAAGACCCCGACGCGAUAGAAAAAUGACAGACGACAGUAAUCGCCCACUGACAUCAGAGCCCACGAUUAAAACGGAAUCCACGACACCAGGAGUGGGACCUGAAGAACCGAAUUUAGACGACAAAGGCGAUAAGAAAAACAAGAGGCAGCGUCGGCAGCGGACUCACUUCACCAGCCAACAGCUUCAAGAACUAGAGGCGACUUUUGCAAGGAAUCGUUAUCCAGAUAUGUCCACGCGCGAAGAGAUCGCCAUGUGGACUAACUUAACAGAGGCUAGAGUUAGGGUAUGGUUUAAAAACCGGAGAGCCAAGUGGCGAAAACGAGAAAGAAAUGCAAUGAACGCGGCAGCUGCGGCUGCUGCCGAUUUCAAAAAUGGCUUCAGCACUCAAUUUAACGGCUUAAUGCAGCCGUUCCCGGACACCGAUGCGCUUUACUCGUCGUAUCCCUAUAAUAACUGGGCUGCGAAAGUACCUAGUCCACUAGGAACGAAAAGUUUUCCGUGGCCUGUCAAUCCCCUCGGAUCAGUGGUACCGGCAAGUCAUCAUCAGGGUUCGGUAAACUGUUUCAACACGGCGACUUCAAUGGGAGGAGUCGGAGGCGGCGGGAUGGGAGGCGUCGGGGGAUCAGCCGGUGUAGGAGGUGGUGUUGCUCCGUGCCCUUACACUGCACCUCCCAAUCCUUACAGCAUGUACAGGACAGAGCCGUGUCCGGCAAUGUCGUCAUCGAUAGCGUCGCUAAGGUUGAAGGCGAAGCAGCACUCAUCAGGGUUCGGCGGGAGCUACGGGUCAGUGUCGCCGGUGUCGAGGGCCGGGUCCGCGCCGCUGUCAGCGUGCCAGUACGCGGGCGGAGUGGGAGUGUCGGACCGCGUGCUCUGA